AUGAAUUUGACUUCUGUUGGGGACGGAGAGAUGAGCCACGUGGCGGCUGGUUGGUCUUUCUUCAACGCCAGUGACCCAAGGAAGGCGCUUUCCGAGUCCUGGCGGGUCCUUCAACCUGGCGGCGUCUUAGUAGCCUCCUCCUGGGCGGAAACAGACUGGCUCCGAAUGCUGCGGACCAUCACCAAAGUGGACCCGGCAUGCAUUCCGCCAUCGAUCCCAGCACGAUGGGCGAAAGCAGAGAGUCUGGCCUCUGAACUCGAGAUGGCCGGAUACCGGGACGUCACGGUGCACGAGGUAGAUGUGGACAUACCGUUUCGCUGGCACGAGUCCUUUGUGGACACGAUGAUGACAAAAGUGACUCAAAUGAUGACGGCAAGACAGGACCUAGAUGAGCAGCAGAAGGCGUUGCUUGCACAAUACAUGACGGAGGAAGUGCGAAGCCUGUGUUCGACCGAGCCGGGGAAGCUCAAGGCCGUGUCCUUGGUUGGCGUGGGAGUGAAAGGAUUGUUUCUGCCUGGGCCGCGUACCUCGAAUCAUGGGAUGCGAUAG